CUAGGUGAAGAGGGUGUAGGGAAAGGUGGAGGGAAAAGAUGGUAAGGUUUUAAGGGGGUGCAGAGCUUGGCUUCUGAUUAGAGGAUUCCUGAGCUAGAACCCAGAGUAAAGGGUGGGCCUGGGUUCCCCUACCAGCCACUGGGAAAGUGGCACCAUAGGGGUAGUGAAGGGAAGAUUGGAAGAAGAGACUGAUACCCUGGAGGAAAAUGCACAGUGACCUGGCCAGGGGCCCAAGCCACACAGACACAGCACCCUGAGUUGCAGAGAGUGAGAGAGAAAGAGUAGCAGCAGCAGAAGAAAGGGGCAUAGGACUGCAGUGGAGCUAAUCCCCAUAGCAGUGGAGCUGUGGCCAGGAGGAGAUGCCACCCAGCAGCACCAGAAUGGGACACAGGAUUCCAGCAGUGGUUGCACUAGUGCCAAAUAAAGAGGAUCAGUGAGGGCAGCAGACCCCAACUGAAGCCACCGGUGCACCGCGAAGAAGCGGGGUCCCCCCCAUGCAGAUCCAGUUGCAGAAGGGGGCCCUGCACCUACAUAGCAAGACCUAAAGAGACGCACCGAUGCGGGCCAAGCUAUGUCGGUGCAGAUGCUUUUGGCAGCCCUGACCCAAUGCGGAUCCUGGUGACAGCAAUGUAAACGUGAAUUUCUGCAACGUCUCAGAAGUCCUGUAAAAUGGAGGAACUGUACAAGGACACACAAAACCUGCCCAUGGAUGUUACCAACUCUCCUUCCACGAUAGCUAACAAUAAGCUAGAAAAUGGGGUCGCUCAGCUGAUAACUGCUGAAGCCUGGAAUAUCAACUCCACAGACUUGAUGAAGAAAGCACUUUCACCACUUGUGACUGUCCCAGCCCCUUCGAUCCUCACCCCACCAGCAGAAUCCCAAAGUGGGGUAGCUCUGAAAGUAGCAGCCACAGUGCUCCAGCCAAUUUGUUUAGGGGAUAGCCCCGUGGUUCUUCCAAUACACCUGCAAGUAGCCGGGAGCACCACCCCCCAGAUUGCGCCUAAUAACAACACACCAUAUGUUAUGACGACUCAAGGUCCAGUUCCACUACCUGUCCUCUUGGAGCAACAUGUGUUUCAACAUUUAAAUUCUCCAUUGGUGUUACCUCAGGGUGCUCCCUGCUCCACAAAUCCCAUUCACAGCAAUCUUUUCCAAGGUUCUUCUGCCCCCGUUGGACAGCCCCAGUUACUGGAUCAGAAACCAUCCAACCAGACCCAGGAGCCCAUCUUACCCCCAGUGUUUCAGACACCAGGAUUUGCUGCAGUUCUUCAGGAUUUGUUUCCUCCACAGGGCACCUUAGGUUCCUCACCCUGUCAGCCACCCCCAGAUUACUCCUCUGUUCCACCCCAGGCCUUCAGUUCCCCUCUAUCUCCACUGGUACCCCCAGCCACCCUCCUAGUGCCAUAUCCAGUGAUUGUCCCCUUGCCAGUCCCAGUCCCCAUCCCGAUCCCCAUCCCCAUCCCUGUGCCUCAUGGCGCUGAAUCCAAGGUCAACCCGGACUACCCGAAGCCACCGUUGUUCACCCUGUAUUCCUGCAAAGGCACCCAAACCCCUCUGGAGAAAGAAGAAUCCAAACCCUUUGAUUUCAUCCACCACAGGGAAUUUGCCCAGCUGAAUCGUCACACAGUCAUCAAGAUGAACAAUGAGAACGAGGCCCUGGACCUUUCCAUGAAAACGGUGCCCUCGCUAAAGGCAAGUGAGGUCAGUUCCCAGCUCUCCCCUGAAGAUGGUGCUUUAGAUUUGUCGAUUGCUUCCUACAGGAAGACAGGCAGUGCCGGGGUCCAUGCUGAGGCAGCUAAUGCAAUUUGCUCUGGAUCUAUGAUGGACAGUGCUGCUCACUCCAUGAUGGAUAAACUCUCCAGUGCAACAGUCCCCUUUGCCCCUCCCAAACCUCACGAAGCCUCAGCCAAGAUCGACAGCAGAAUGACUGGUAGCAAUUCGGCCGAGCUCCUGAGACAGCAGCAAAAGUGGCUGGUGGAUCAGACUAGCAGAGCAGCCUGUGAGCCCAAGGCUGGGAAUAAUAUUGAGAUUGUGAGCACUUCACAGACUGCCAAAGUAAUAGUCUCUGUCAAAGAUGCCGUGCCCACGAUUUUCUGUGGCAAGAUUAAAGGCCUCUCGGGAGUAUCCACCAAAAACUUCUCUUUCAAAAGGGACAUGCCCCAGGACUCUGUUCUGCAGUGUUACGAUGUGAAGAACCAGUCAGAGCCUAGGGAUAAUGCAGAAGCUCUUAGGAAACCAAUCAAAAACAGGAGUGUAAAGUUAAAGAAAAUGAACUCCCAGGAGAUACACAUUCUUCCAAUCAAAAAGCAACGGCUCGCUGCCUUCUUUCCAAGAAAGUAAAUUAUGGGUUUUUAGACUUUUAAAUAUAUUAUUAUUAUGAAAAAUAAAAAGAUGCACUUGGCUUAAAAUGCAUUUAAAACUUUAAACUAUCUUUGUAAGUUAUUUUGGGGAAAGCGGGAGAGGAUUGGAUGUAGAUUUCCUGUAAAGCUGAGGGAGGGGAGUUCUUUUGUUUGUUUGUUAUUGAUUUUUGACUUUUCAUGAAAAACUAAAUAAAAAGCAACCUAUUUUUCAA